GCGCUGCCUAUCACAGGAUCAUCAAUAGCGAUCAUUAACAUUGAUCUGCUGGGACUGCAUGGAUCGCUGUGUUGAAGUGUUUUAAUGUCUUCAGAGAGAUUCACUUACUGAGCUCAUGGCAACAGCAAAUACAAAUCAGGGAGGAUCCCCGGAGGAGUCAAGCGUUCCCUCUGAGAACUACUCAUUGAGGUCCGAAGAGUCGAGGCUGGGGUCCGAGGAAUCCAGAAGGAGGUUGUCGGGCCCCACAGUCUCCUGGGAUUCAGAGCUGGCUUCUAUCAGGCACAGGUUAAAGUUUGUGUUGAAGCUGAAGGAGGAAUUUGUUUGUCCAAUCUGCAGAGGGGUGGUGUUCAAUCCCCAGCAAAACUCCUGUGGUCACAUCUACUGCUUCCACUGUCUCCAAGGACUAUUGGAGAGUUCAUCACCGUCCAACCCAGUUUGCCCAGUGGACAAGGCUGUGAUCACACCAACUGAGGUUUUCCAGGAUAACUGCUGCAAACGUGAAAUUUCCAGUUUAGAAGUGUACUGCACCAAUGCCCCAGCAUGCACGACUAUUUUCACAUUAAACAAUCUGCAGGAGCACCUGAAGUCAUGUCAGUAUGAGCAGGUGCAAUGCACCAAUACAAGCUGCAUUGCAGUGUUACAAAGGAGGCACUUGCAAGAACACCUGACCAACAUCUGUCCAUACCGCAGGGAACCCUGCCCACACUGCAGGCAGCUGUUCCAGCUCAGCCUCAUUCAGGAUCAUGUGCAGAGCUUGUGUCCAGAUGUGAAGGUAGACUGUCCUGAAGGCUGUUCCCAAAAGGUCCCCAGACACAAGCUGACCAGUCAUAGACAGUUAUGUCCUGAAGUUAACAAUGACUGCUGCUUUAAGAAAUUUGGCUGCUCUGUACAGGGUAAAAGAAGGAAUGCCAAGCUUCAUGAAGACAAAGCUAUCAAUCACCACAUGCUGCUGGUCCUGAGGAGCAAUACCCACCUGGAGAAACAAAUGGAAGUUUUCCAAGAGGAUUCGCUGCUCAUGCAGCAGGAGGUCCAGACAGACACUUUGCUACUUACUGGACUGCAGAAGCAAUUCAGACCACUUUUGCAGCUGAGCAGCAAUCAUGAGCAUGCGGUCUCCAUGGCUCAGGUUAAAACACGGCUACAAUCUGACUUCUUCUUUGAGUUUCUGUCUUACAGUAUGGAAGUUUUCCAAGAGGAUUCGCUGCUCAUGCAGCAGGAGGUCCAGACAGACACUUUGCUACUUACUGGACUGCAGAAGCAAUUCAGACCACUUUUGCAGCUGAGCAGCAAUCAUGAGCAUGCGGUCUCCAUGGCUCAGAGAACUCUUAGAAGGCAAGAGGAUACCCUAUCUUCUGUCCAGCUGGACCUCCAGCAGGUGUCUCGGGGGCUUCGUCCUCAUCUGGAGGAGCUUGCACAGCUCAGGAAGUCUCUGGAUGUUGCCAUGCAGGAAGUGUCUGAAGUUGAGGCCCUUAGAGAGCAUCUAGUAAAUAUGGCCAUUAAAGCCUAUCUGAAUGGGGAUGGGGAGGGAAGAGGUACUCACCUGUCACUUUAUGUAGUCCUCAUGCCUGGAGACUUUGACACUCUUCUGCCAUGGCCUUUCAGACAGACUGUGUCUCUCUCUGUUCUGGACCAAAGUGGUGCCUCUAACCAUCGGAGUCUCAGCUUCAGACCUGACCCUACCACCAAAUGCUUCCAACAACCAACUCCUGAAUCCCAGACCAAUGUUGCUGUUGGAUUUCCUUGCUUUAUUUCCCACAAUAUGCUGCAAACUCCCCAAAAUGCUCUGUACGUUAAAGACAACACGCUAUUUGUGAAGGCUAAGGUGGAUAUGACAGGUUUUGAGCAGCUGUAAAAUUUCUUCAUUAUCUGAUGAUAAGCUUAAAUGACAAUAUUAACAAAGAUAUACCAUAGGGAUGGGGUCAUGUGGCCCAGCCUUAAGACGGCAGCAUAGCGGGAUUGCUAGUGUGGUUUGGAAUAUACAGCAUUGAAAUGUCUAAAGCUUCAUCUGUCAAACAAUGUGAAAUCGUUCCCGAAGACGCAAGACAGGCACUAAGACAACCGCACCAAAUCCAGCGCACAACACAGAUGCUGACAUGACUAGCAUAGCUUAAAUAUUGGAUGAGUUCAAAUCAAAUCUGAGACAUAUUGAACCAGGCGGCUCAUGUCGAGGAGGCUGAGGCUUGCAUUGUUGAGGUAGAAAGCACACUUGAAAAAACAGAAACAUCACUGAACUCUGCUAUCAGAAGAAUCCUACUUCUUGAAGCCAAAACAGAUGACUUGGAAAACCGGGUAAAAUGAAAGAACUUGUGCAUCUUUGGCAUAAGAGAGGAAGCAGAGGGGAAACAACCACUCUUCGACUUUAUUAACAACAUGCUACCUAAAUGCUGGGGCUAGCGCCUGACAAGUCAUUCACACUGGAACGAAUACAUUGCACGCUAGCCCCCGGGAAACAGAACAGAGCGGUGCUGGUUGGUUUCUUAAAAUUCCAAGAGAAAGAACUGGUAUAUUGGGAAGCAAGAAAACAACAAAUUACACAAGAUCACAUUUGCAUAGGAUCUGUCUGCGGAAAUGGUUAGGAUCCUAUGGGGAUUUUUACCAGGUUGUCAACCUGCUUAUUGAUAAUAAUGGCUUCCAUGGAUUCCAGCACAACCCCUAUAGGCCCAGGAUCCUGUACGAUGGAAAGAUCCACCUUUUCUCAACACCUCAAGAAGCUGAAAAAUUCUAUAAGAAUCUGCCAAAGGACACAUGAGAAGAUGCCCAUGAUCAGUAAGUCGUAAAGGACAAGUUACUUAAACAACAGGUUAACCUUUAAGACAUUUAAUGAGAAAGCUCCUGCUCCUACAUAACUGAUAAGCAACAGAGUCACUGACAAGAGACAGAUAAAAUCUUGAGUUUGAAUUAAUACAACAUAACUGGGCAUUUUAAAGCGCAUAUUUGUUCUAAGUUUAAUCUGAAUUGUUUUAGGAUCUAUACUAACAGCUGAGCCUUAAUUAAGUCAUUAUUUUUUGCUAUCAAGGAUAAACUUUAUUUUAUUAUGGAACAAAUUAGUACCUUUAUAUGAUAAGUAGACACUGUCUGAUUUAUGGGGCUUUACUGAGGUUGCGUUGACUAGUUAUUCCUCAGUGAUGUGGAUUAACACCCUCCAAAUAUUUUGCUCAAGGGAAGGGGGAGGCAUUUCUGAUAAGUAAAUGCAAAUGUUCAAUCAGGGAUUGUUUACAAGUUCUGUAUCUGGUGUGUGUGAGUAUGUGAAUGUAUGUGCAAACCUGCAUCUCCUUUUUCCUUACUUUGUCUAUCUUAAGUACACAAUCUGAUACUAUUUUAUGAAGAGGACAACUAAAGGAAACAUUUUGAACGUUAACAUUCCGACCUGGAAUGUUUUGGGGAAAGGGAGUUGGUUAAAAUGAAACAAAUAUUGAACUGACUAAAAAAUUUAAAUUAUAGAAUUAUUUUCCUACAAUUAUUUUCCUGCUUGCGUCUUUGCAUAAAAAAGAUGCAAGCAGAAAAAGCCAUUACUAGCAUAAAGUCCAAAUCAGGUAUUAUAACAACAGAUCCUUUAGAAAUAAACAAAAAUUUCAGAGUUUUAUAAAUCUUUAUACAAAUCAGAAUAUAUGGGAAACAGAGAAACACAAGAUGCAAUUCUUGAGCAAUUAAAAUUCCAAACCCUCUCAGAAGAGGAUAAAACAAUCCUUGAUAGCCUUUUAACAAUAAAAGACCUCACAGAAGCCAUAGACGAUCUGGAUAGUGGUAAAACGCCUGGACUUCUAAUAGAAUUCUAUAAAACAUUUAAAAAUAAAUUAAUAUUGAUACUUCUAAACAUGUAUCAGAAGUCAUAUAAAUCCAGAAUACUCCCAGCUUUACUGAGAUUAGCUACAAUAACCCUUUUAUUGAAACCAAAUAAGACUCUGAUUGCUCCUCUUAGGGGAAUCAGUCUUAUGGGUUGUGAUACAAAGAUUUUGUGUAAAGCGUUUUCUAGGAGAUUGGAUAAAUAUGUGCUUAAUUUGAUAAUAGACGAUCAACAAGGUUUUGUUAAAACGAGACAAGGCUAUCAUAAUAGAAGACGUGUCCUAUAUGAGAAAAACAAUAAUGACACACCACUGUUAUCACUAGAUGCAUGCAAAGCCUUUGAUAGAAUAGAAUGGAUCUCUUACAGGUGCUCCCCAAAUAUGGACUGGGUGAAACAUUUCUCAAAUGGAUCUGGUUCAUGUAUACAAGCCAGACAGUGCAAGUUUUAACUAACAAUAACAUGUCAAAACCCUUUAAUUUAAAACAGUCAACCAGGCAGGGCUGCCCUCUGUCUGUUUGUGUUAGCAAUAGACCACGAACACAGUGUUCAAAUAUAAGGGUUCAUAAGUGCACGUGACACCAGGACACCUAGGCUGCAGGUUGAUGAUUGAUUUUUGUAAUCAUAUCACCAGACCUGGACAUUCGGGUAAAGAGAGGGGCUGAGCUAUCAAUUGAUCACCACCUGGUGGUGAGUUGGAUCAGGUGGCGGGAGAGGAUGCUGGACAGACCUGGCGGGAACACUGAGUCCAAAUGGACCAUGUUCAUGACCUCCAUUGCCGAAGUCACUGCACUGAGAUUCAAGAUUCAAUAAAAUUUUUUCCGUGCAUAGUUAUACAAGUAAAACACAAUGAAAUGUGACCUGAUACGCUCCUCGACUGUGCAAAAAAGAGAGAGAACUUUAUAUACAGUGAAUGAGUAUAUACAAAGAGGACAUUAUGUGCAAGUGGGUGAGUUAUAUACUUUGUAUAAAUUAAGAUAAAAUAGAACAAUCGUGAAAUUUACAGCUUGUGUACAUAGCGUAGGUAAGAUGUUAAAGUGUCUUGUGCUGUAGUAAAGCCAGAAUGAUCAGGAGGUAAUUUAGUCAUUUAAAUCAGCUGUGAUGGAUC